AUGUGGAAGCAGAUUUUGCAGAGUCGGAAUCUUCCGGAAAAGUUUAUAAAGGUUGAGGUGCGGAAUGGUAGAUCGACGUUAUUCUGGUUCGACAACUGGUCAAACUUGGGCAAUUUGCUGGAGGUUACUGGGGUUCGCGGAUGUAUGGAUUUGGGGAUUCAUAUUGAGUCAACGGUGGAGGAGGUGAUACGUAUGCACAGACGGCAAAGGCAUCGUCAACCCAUUCUCAAUAAGGUGGAAGACGAGAUAGCAGGAGCUGUGUCCACCUAUAUGGAAACAGAGGAAGACAUACACAAGUGGAAAGAAAAGACACACUCGUAUAAAACGAGGUUUAGUACAAAGGCCACAUACGAACAAUUGCGAUCUCAUCAUCCACAGGUCCCAUGGUCGAAUGCGGUAUGGUUUAAGCAUCACAACCCCAAGUUCAAUUUCAUUGCUUGGUUGACGCUGCAGAACAGGCUAUCGACGGGUGAGAGAAUGAUAGCGUAG